AUGCUUUUUGUGGAUAAGGAGCACAUCAAAGACACCUUGAGAGACUACUGUGUACAGGAAGGGUUUGCCUUAGUUGUUAAUAGGUCAAAAGAGCUUAGGUACACAACAGUUUGUGCUGAUGAAAGGUGUCGUUGGAGAAUCCAUGCUGCUAGGCUAGCAGAUGGACAUACAUGGGCCAUUAAAACCAUGAAGCAAAAGCACAAUUGUGAUUUGAAUUUAGUUACUAAUCCUACGGUCAACUGUGAAUGGGCUGCUAGAAAAUUAUUGGAGGAUAUUAGAGCAAAUGUGGACAUUAGAGGGAAAACUAUGAAUGACUUGCUGUGGGAUAGAUAUGGUGUGAGAAUGGCAACUUCCACACUUUAUAAAAUGAAAGAUAAGGCAAUAAAAUCAUCCAAGGGGGUCAUGAUGAUUCCUACACAAAUCUACCAACCUACUUUCAAAGGCCUAAUAGAUGGUUGUAGGGGUUUGGUUGGUGUUGAUGGCACUCAUCUUAAAGGGAAUUUUGGAGAGAUUUUAUUGUCUGCUGUCUCAUUGGAUGGAAACAAUGAGAUAUUUCCUGUAGUUGUUGCUGUGGUGGAUUAUGAGAACAAGACAUCAUGGAGUUGGUUCUUCCAUCAUCUAAAGGCAGCCUUGACUGCAAGUGGAAGGUCAGACUGGACCAUUAUGUCAGAUAGGCAAAAGGGCAUUGAUCCUAGCUUAGAUCAAGUUUGGCCAAAGGUGCCUAGAAGAUAUUGUGCAAGACACUUGUGCGAAAAUUUCAAGACUGAUUAUCCAGGAGUUUUGAUGCACAAGCUCUUUUGGUCAGUUGUGAAGUCAUGUUCUCAAUGGACCAAAUGGAAGUUUGAUCCUACUCUCUGCAAUGAUGAAGUGACAAACAAUUUUGUGGAGAGUUUUAACUCCACAAUAGGUGUUAGAAGAAUUGCAAUGGUAAGGCAUGCUACUAGACAACACCUAUCUCAGCAAUGGGUAGAACCAUGUAUAUGUCCUAACAUCAGAGAGGGUGAGAUAUUUGACAAAAGAGUCUAG